CGUCAGCCUGAUCCAAAGGCUCCCUAGGCUGAAGGCUGAGUUCCUAAUCAUGGGUUCUCAUAUAUCCCAGCCUCUCGAGCGAGUCAAGGUCGUUUCGCCUCCUGAGGCCACCUCCUCCGCCAACCCCGCGCCCUUCGCUGCCCCUGGAGCGCCCACGUCUCCAGCGCAAGCGCCCGCAUUCAACAACUGCUGGAGCUGUCGUGUGCUGUCGGGAUUCGGGCUGAUGGGGGCGGGCGGGUACGUGUUCUGGGUGGCGAGGAAACCCAUGAAGAUGGGAUACCCUCCGAGUCCAGGAACUGUUACGCAGAUGGUCGUCGGCAUCAGUAUUGCCUGUUGGGGUAUAAUCAUCCUGUCAGAUCCCAAAGGAAAGGCCUUCCGUGUUGGUUUAAAGUAACACCAGUGAAAUUGUCAUCUAUUCCUAACACAGAGCAAGCACGGGACUUUUGGACAUUCUAGGCAGACAUGUGGACAUUGACAGACUUCAGUUCUUCAGUUAUUACACGACUGAAAAGACAAAUAUGAACUAUCAUUCUUUGGCUCAAGGCAUUUUUGGCCUUGUUAGGUUUCACAGGGUCCAAUAAAUCCUUAGAAAAGAAAAACAAAUUCUAUAUCCUUUCUGCGGGAAGAGAGCAUUACUAUAGAAAAGAUAGUAGAAACAAUAAGCCAAAUGGGGAAAUGAACUAAGCUGUUUUUUUUUGUUUUGUUUUGUUUUAAUUAUCUCUUCCAAAAUUGGGUUAAUACAUGUUACCUUACGGAACUAACUCUGUUUAGGCACCAUGCAGUAUGUAGACAUACAUAAAACUUUGUAUCUGUGUACCUCUCAUGCUUGCCUAGGUAUUAUGAUACCCAUUACCUUACAGACUUAUAGAGCUAUUCUGAGGUGAUUAUAUCAUUGGUAUAAGUGAACUUGAGAAAAAGUUCUCAUGAUUUCACACAGACUGGUUCAGCAAGUCAGUGAUGGCAUUUUGGACUUAAUCUUGCUAAUGUUUGUUCUAUUAGGAUGGAUCCAAAGGCUUUAAAAAUUACCUUUAUGAAACAAUUAAAAAAAAAAAAAAAAAAAGUUUUUCUACAAGUAUGUAAAAAGUUUCUGUGAUAAAAUUGAAAUACUUUUGAAAUAAGGGCUCAAAAUUGGCCAGUUGACCUCUAAGAGAAAUCUGUACUUCAUACCAGUUUUCACACCUGAUGUUUCUUAGGUUCUCUGUAAAGUUGUACACAGCUGUUUUUUAAAGCAUGUUUUUUUUUUCAAUAUAUAAAUUCAGCUACCAAUCACUAUAAAUUUAAACAUUACAUAAGUAAUUUUGGGGACUUAAUUUUUUCUAGUGUUGAUUUGGAAUCCUUAAUAUACUAAGCCUCACAAACUACAGUAAGAUUUUGGCAUUGUAUAUGUCAGUUUACUGUAAAGGUGGUACUGUGUGUAUCUUCAACUGAGAAGAGACAUUUAAACAUAAAUAAGGUUUUGUGUGUGUGUGUGUGUGUGACAUUUUAACCGCUUGUGUGGUUUUAAUAAACAUAGAUAAUAUAAAUUGGAAGGUAUUAUAGAGGACCCAAAGCAGGCUGCCAUCCCAAAGGCCAAUUUUGCAUAUGAUCAUGCUUCCUCUAAAACAACAAUGAGGAAGUUACUUCCCACUUUAAAAGGCAAGUCAUUCAUUUGAUGGUCAGCUUUAUCUGAAUUUUGUUAGUUUAAGCUAACAAAACAUAAAUCUAAAUUACUGUUCUGGAACUACUGGAUAAAUAAAACAAUUCAAACUUAUUGUAAUAUAAUUGUAACAUCUCAGAAU